GUGUUGUCCCUUUCAUUUACCAUCCAUUUUUAUUUUCAUUUUUUUUUCUUGUUACGAAAUUUGUUUCCUCCUUAAUUGCCACUCAUCAACAUUCAAUCACUCCCUUUUUUCUUGUUAUUCUUGUUUUGCUCCCUUCUUCUUGGUUUUAGUUUUGUGUGAAGUCAAACUUAUACACAAGAGGUGGAUUCUUGACGUGAAAUUGAAGAAGAAGAAGAAAACAUGAAGAGGCUAGUAAUUUUUGUUUUGCUCGUUGCGUUGAGCAAUGCUGAAGAGUACAAUGGGGUGUGCGAGUCCAAUUGGCCACUGACCCCUCGGCCUCACAGUGUGUCUGUCUCAGAAUUUGGGGCGGUGGGAGAUGGGAAAACAUUGAAUACCGUAGCAUUUCAGAAUGCAGUUUUCUAUCUCAAGUCGUUUGCAGAUAAGGGCGGAGCUCAGCUCUAUGUUCCACCAGGCAAGUGGCUCACUGGGUGCAUCACCCUUACCAGCCACCUCACGCUUUUCCUUGAAAAAGACGCUGUGAUUCUCGGCUCUCAGGAUAUUUUGCAUUGGGAUGUUGUCGAUCCGUUACCUUCAUAUGGCCGCGGCCUUGAGGUGCCUGGUCGAAGAUAUCAGAGCUUAAUCAAUGGGGAAAACUUAACUGAUGUUGUUGUCACAGGAAAUAAUGGAACUAUUGAUGGACAGGCUUCUAUUUGGUGGGAACAAUUUACGGAUCAUUCUUUAAAUUACAGCAGACCGCAUCUAGUCGAAUUUCUGUGGUCGAACAACAUUGUUGUGUCAAACUUCUUCUUAAAUGCACCUGCGUGGAACAUACACCCGGCCUACUGCAGUAAAAUGCUUGUCCAGAACAUAACGGCUUAUGCUCCACCCGACUCCCCCAACACUAGUGGAAUCGUCCCAGAUUCGUCAGAGUAUGUUUGCAUUGAAAACAGCAACAUCAGCACGGGGUAUGAUGCUGUGGUGCUGAAAAGUGGUUGGGAUGAAUACGGGCUUAGCUACAACAAACCAACCAGCAAGGUCCACGUUAGGAAGACGCGGUUACAAUCUUCUUCCGGUUCUGGACUUGCGUUCGGAAGUGAGAUGUCUGGCGGGAUGUCCGACGUGCUGGCCGAGCAUCUUCAUGUGUACAACUCGGUGAAUGGCAUCGAGCUGAAGACAGCGAAGGGGAGGGGCGCAUACAUCAAAGACAUAUUCCUAUCGGAUGUCUACAUGGAAAACGUGCAGCGAGGAAUCAAGGCAACUGGUCAGUUCACAAAUCACCCUGAUGAUAAAUAUGACCCCAGUGUCCUCCCAGUCAUCGCCGACAUAAGCUUUAGUGAUAUCGUUGGCGUAAAUAUCACCAAAGCCGGGGUAUUCUCCGGUAUAGACAAGUCCCCGUUCGCAUCCAUAUGCCUCUCCAACGUCUCCCUCACUGCUUCGUAUGACCCACCCUCGUCUUGGAUGUGCACUUAUGUUGAGGGGUUGUCUGUAAAUGUGUUGCCCGAGCCUUGCCCGGAGCUCCAAGUGUCGUGGUCUAGCCCCUCCUCCAAUUGCUUCAUCUUCUUGAAUCCAAACAGCCAAGUUGCAGCCUUGUGAAAUUCUUCUCAUAGCCAUUCUUUCAUUGAAUAUCAUCGUCCCGGGUGGUUGAUUAUGUGUACAGUAUCAGUUCUUUCAUUCAUGUGUAAGAAAAGUUUUGGUAGUGUAGGAUUCUUAAAUGUAUGUCUGUCUUGAAAUUCGUUUCCAUAUUUAUUUUUGGUCAUUUUUUAUUCACAUUUAUACAUUCUUUUCAACUGAAGAUUUGUGGGAUUGCAUUGCA